GGCGGGAGAAACGAAGCUACCGCGCAUGCGUGGCGUGCCGGCGAUAGGCUGGGAGCCUGGUAGUGUCCUUAGCGCCUCCCUGCUUCUCUUCUUGGCGGCGGCGCGGAGAGCAACACCAGCUAUGGCAGCAGAAGGAGGCGGAGGCGGAGGAGGAAGCAGUGCCGGAGCCCUGGUAGAAGCAACGUCGACGGGCCAGUUCCAGGACCUAUUGCAGCAGCCGGGCAGAUUUCUAGUGGUGGUUCAUUUCUGGGCCCCAUGGGCUCCUCAGUGUGUUCAAAUGAAUACUGUCAUGGCAGAACUAGCAAAGGAGCAUCCACGAGUUACUUUUGUAAAGCUGGAAGCUGAGGCAGUUCCAGAAGUAUCUGAAAAAUAUGAAAUUACUUCUGUUCCAACAUUCUUGUUUUUUAAGAAUUCUCAAAAAAUUGACCAAUUAGAUGGUGCUCAUGCACCAGAACUGACCAAAAAAGUCCAGCGCCAUGCAUCUAACGUUACUGUCCCAGCUAGUGCCAAUGACACUUCUAAAGAGGACCUCAAUGCCCGACUAAAGAAGUUGAUCAAUGCUGCACCUUGCAUGCUGUUUAUGAAGGGAACACCUCAGGAACCACGUUGUGGCUUCAGCAGACAAAUUAUAGAAAUUCUUAACAAACACAAUGUUGUAUUUAGCAGCUUUGAUAUAUUUUCUGAUGAAGAAGUACGUCAAGGAUUGAAAACAUACUCCAAUUGGCCCACCUAUCCACAGUUAUAUGUUGCCGGAGAACUUAUAGGUGGCUUGGAUAUUGUCAAGGAGCUUGAGGCUUCUGGAGAACUGAAUACAGUCUGCCCCAAGGCACACAAAUUAGAGGACAGGCUUAAAGACCUGAUAAACAAAGCCUCUGUGAUGUUAUUUAUGAAAGGAAAUAAACAGACGGCAAAGUGUGGGUUCAGCAAGCAAAUUAUAGAAAUUCUAAACAAUAGUGGUGUUGAUUAUGACACUUUUGAUAUAUUGGAGGACGAAGAGGUUCGGCAAGGGUUAAAAAAACAUUCAAACUGGCCAACCUACCCACAGUUGUAUGUGAAAGGGGAACUUAUUGGAGGCCUGGAUAUUGUUAAGGAAUUAAAGGAAAGCGGCGAAUUGUCAUCUGUUCUGAAAGGGGAAAAUUGAAAUAAUUGAAAUAAAAAAAGUAUUAUUAUUUGUACUGGAAAAAUUCAUGGCUUAGUCCUGACGGAAAAAAUAUGCCGGAUUCUGACUUCAUAUUUCACAAGGUCAUUUUAGAGCUGUAUGGAAAUGUAGGUUUUCACCUCAGUAUAAGGUUAUGAGCAUCUUCAAAAGGAAUUAAAACUUGAUUUCAAAAUUG